UUGACUAUUUCCGAUGGAAUGCCGAACGGCGAGGGGGGCUCAGUGCCUAGCAAGAAAGCGAGACUGUGUGACCAGUUCUCCGUUGUGUUGCUUUGGGAUUUGGCCGUCUUUCCACGAAAGACUUUAAACUAAGGUGCAUGUUGCUAGGAUUGGCUAGCAAAGGUUCGUCGGUGAGUAGACCUAUCGCCAGACUACUUACCUCUCAAGUACGAGCUAUGUCGCAGACUCUAUACGACUUCUCAGCCCCAGACUUGGGCGGAGCUAAGGUGGAGCUGUCUAAGUACAAAGGGAAAGUGGUCCUGAUUGAGAAUGUCGCCUCUCUCUGAGGCACGACUGUCAGGGAUUAUACCCAGAUGAACAAGCUGAUUGAUGACUAUCAGUCCAAGGGCCUUGUUAUCCUGGGAUUUCCCUGCAAUCAGUUCGGCCACCAGGAGAACUGUACCGAGAAAGAAAUCCUCAACUCUCUCAAGUAUGUUCGUCCUGGCAAUGGCUUUGUGCCCAAGAUAGAGCUCUUCAGUAAAAUUGAAGUGAACGGCAAAGAUGCACAUCCUCUGUUCCAGUUCCUGAAGAAGGCCUUGCCACAUCCCCAUGACGAUGACACCAGCCUCAUGGCAGAUCCAAAACUCAUCAUUUGGGCUCCUGUACAGCGCACUGAUAUUUCCUGGAAUUUUGAGAAGUUUCUGAUUGACAAGGAUGGAAAGCCUAUUAAGCGUUACAGUCGUAAUUUUGAAACACAGCAUAUUGCAGCAGAUAUUGAGCAUUUGCUCAAGUAGUCUAUGUCAUUUAUUCUCACCCAUCUUAAGUGAUUACAAUUAAUCUAGUACAUUGAUUACAGUGCAACCAAUGGAGUUUUUGACAAAGCAGAGUAAUCGACCACCAGACUCAGAUUUGUUGGUUACAUUUUUCAAGCCUGUUUUUGUUGUUGCAUACCCAGAAUUUGCUGAGGAUUAGGAGUCACUGUCAUAGGUGUCAUGAAAAAAGAGAAAAGGAUAGUAUUUGGCGAUCCUUCAAUAAGGCAUGACCCCUUAUGUAUGCCCCUGGCAUUUGCUUUGUUGAAGGCUCUAGAAAAUCUUAGUUUAAAUCAUGUUCUGCAAAAAUCUGCUCAAUCAUAUUUUAUUGUAAACCUACAAAAUAACAUUUUUUCACAGCACUUUGAUUGGGGAUUGGCAUGUUGUAAUGAUGACAGAUGCUUAAAGUUUCUGUGUUUGUCUGAUGACAAAGACUACCCUUGUCCAAUCAACUGUUCUGUCUCAAUCUACCACUCAAACAAGUACAUAUCUUUGUAGUUAUCUAAAUGAAGGGCUUGGAUUAAAUUUUAUGCCAAGUUUUGAUGUAAUGGUAAUGCAGUAGUUGUGCUUAGUAGAGGUUGUGGCAAUAACUUUACAAUAAACUAUGGAUAUGAGAA